CAAAACCCGAAAGAAACGAACAGUCGUCCGCCGCCACGAGGGUAGAGAGCUCGCGUCCCGCGUCCCAAGCUCCAUCCGAACCGAGUCGCGAACUGAACGCUCGCCGCAAACCGCCGCAAACUAACUCCAACACUCAAAUAUUCACACGAAUAUUACCUAAAAAUAAACAAUCGUCAUUCAAAUUAUUACGACAAAAUUUUUAAUAUUACAAAAAUUCUAUCCAAAGUUACACGUUGCCUUAUAAUUUUGGUAACUGUCGCGAUCUAUCUAAACAUUCAGCUGACCCUGUACAGCAGGCUGUCCUUCACCGUCUGAAUAAAAUAAGCGGAAAAACCUCCCGAACCAUGCCCAUCAUCCAGUCCUGCUGCUGCUGGCGCAGUCUCCGCCGCGGGUGCUACGCCUCCGCCAUCUACACAAUGGUAUACUUUUCAGUCACAAUUGUGACUAUGGGACACUUCAUUGAAAUGGAACAACGGUAUCUAAACGGCGAUAUGACCGAACCGGAGUCGGAAAGCUUCUUAGAGCCGGAGAAGAUUACACCGAUAACCGUGUCGCUGAACAUAACGCUGCUGGCCUGUAGUACUAUAGGACUACUUGGGUGCGUGCUCCUGAUAUUUGGCGUUUAUAAGGACCUGAAGUAUAUGCUGCUGCCCUGGGUGGUGGCUAUGGGCAUGGAGACUCUAGUAGAAAUUGUUAACCUGUUCUACUUAUUUUACCUGCAAACUUUGAAUUUCAACCCAAUCACCUCUUUCUUGUUCACGCUGGAUUUCUUCAUCAUCGUGCUAAAUAUUUAUGCCAUGGUCUGCGUGAUAUCGCAGUUCCAAGAAUACCUUGAGGGUCGCGGGACAGCAGCCUUUGAAAGUGUCGACAGAAAUACGGUGCAGUAUACGGUGACGGCUCAACAAACCACGACCACGAGUUCAGCACUCAGUGGGCGUCGACGCUCCGCAGGCAGACCGAUGCCCAGCCGCUGCGAUCCUGAGGAGUUCUCCGAAGCCCCCACCAAGAUCAUCACUUCAGUGUUGUCAAGGCCGAGCCGGUCUGCUGUCAAAAAGCACGUGCAAUUCCCCGACGAACAAAGCUGCAUUGAAGAGGCUACGGAGGCUCCUACUCAACCAGGUCCUACCGAGAAACCGGAGGCGCGCGUCAUCUCCUCAUUGUGGAUGGAAUUGGAGUCCGAGGCGCCAGCGCCGGAACGCUGACGGCGUCGCAGCGAGCAGUAUUACCGGCCCGUUUCCCGAGCUCGGAACGAGCGACGGAAAAUGUCCGCAGCCGGAGUGCCGCCCGCAGAAGAUUCUAAAAAGGACUCUUUGUAAACUGACCGACCACCACGAUUGGAUGAUUUACGGCUACACGAUGCGAUUUGGCUGUACGCGAACAGGGUAAUGCGAGGCUAAUCAAAAUUGUUUGAAAAACAAAAUAUUUAUUCUGUAGACGUAUUCUAAAAUAAUAUAUAGUCGAUUAUAUUUAUUACCAACACGGUAGGUAUCUAUACCUAAACGCUAUACGCUGAGCUGUAUGUAUAUAAUGUACUUAAAUUAUAUUAUUUUUAUUUAAUCCUUCAAUAUCUUUGAAAGUACACCUGUAGCUAUGUAGAUAAGAUUUUUCCUUCAACAUUCCUUUUCUCUUAGAACCACCCUUAUUGCAACCCUUACCUUUCCCUAAAUUUCUACCUUCAUUUAUUAGAUUUAGCGACCAUUAAUCUUCGACCCAAAAUUCUAUUUUUCCCAUCAGUUACAGGUAUUCAAAAGUUUAAUAUUAUACAAAUAUCUAAUUACGUAAAUUCAGAGUUAAAUUCAUUAAGCCAUAGUAAAUUGUUUAGCCGUGUAUUCAAUAAAUAAAUAUUAUAGCUACAUGUAAUUAUCUUUGAAUAUAAACUACACGCAGAAGGUUACCUUUAGUAUUAUUAAGUUUUAAGUAAUUAGAACUUAAUUUAAUUAGAUUCAUUAUGUUUGUCAAUUUAUUAAAUUGUUUAUUAAUUAUUAAGUAAUAUAAGGUUAUUAAUUGAUGCUUGAACUAUGUUGAGCGUAAGAUAUAGGGCAUAUAAAAUAUACACAGUAUUGUCUAUGUUCUAUAUCUCAAGUAGUACUUUAACUGUUUACUUAUCACUCAAUUCUAUAUUUAUGUGUUCACUGCUGUUAAGUUAUAAAAUUAUAAAGUAUAUAACUAUGUUACCGCAAAUCUAGUCUUUAGUUAUAGUUAGAUAAGAAAUAAAAAUUAUAAAAUUAGGGAACUAUGAAAUAAACUGAUUAGAUUUAACUGUAUUAUAUAUUAGGAGUGUUCGUAAGAUAAUCGAGACGCGACUCAUAUUUAUUGAAUUUAUAAAAUUUUCGUAACAUAGCUUCAAUCGAAGCUCGACUGCGGUCUUUUUUACAAAAUUUGGGGACAUCCCAUCUGAAAUGUUUAUAGCUCAAAAUAUCCAUUAUAAGUGGAUAACGAUUAAAAAUUAUAUUCACAAUUUAGAAAUUCAUAUCAGAAUAUUUCGAAGGUUCUGUUAAUAAUUAUGAAUAAGAAAUGUACCACUCUAUUACCUACCAAUAUCGACCAAAACCUAACUUUUCAACUGUAUACAUGUUUACGCUGUUACUUAUUAAGUAUGUAACCAAUUACCUAUACCAGAUAAGCAAAUAUCUAUACCUAACAUUUUGAAUAAAUGUAUUAAGAGCAGUUUAAAGAAAUUGUAUGAUAGUAUUAUAUAUCAUUAGCAAGAGAACGUAAAAGCUUAUGCAACGAAUGGACCGGCUUCGCAGCCACUUAGGAAGACGAACAGUUUUUGUUGUGCUGGAUAUUACCUAGCUCACUUUAGAUUUUUAAUCUUAGUUCAAUAUUUUUGCUGAAUUAUAAAUGUCUCCAAACAUA